GCAACCUCCAGCGUGGGCUCUCCUCAUGUAUGUUUGAGACGUUUAGUUUUUGCCCCGCCGAGCCUGUGUAGAAGGCGGCCGGCCUGUGUCUGCAGUGGUAAAAGCGAUAUAAUUCGGAACCGUGUGUUGUGUCAACCCGGCAUAAUACAUGAGUACCGAGAUAUCGCCUCUAAGAGGGGCCCGGCGAGUGAGACACCUGCUACGAGCCCACUUUGAGGCAACAAGCGAACUGCUGCAAAACGCACAGGCGGUCACAGUUCCGAAUUCGCCUGAAGGACGUCACAGACGCUGGAAACCACAAGUGCAGUCUCCAGAUCUGCAACUGGCGUAUCUACUGCUUCACCUCCUCCUGAUGAGGGGAUCUUCAGCCUGCACUUCCGCAGCCUGGCUGUCACCUGCUGCACAGCAACCUGCGUGAGACCUGACCAGUACUUGGCAUUACGCCAACUGCAUCUGAACUGUGAGGCGGUAGCAGCAGCGGCGGCCGACCUGACGUCAGGACCAGCAGCAGGAGCAGUGGCGUCGCCAUGGCGAGUCGCAUCGAGAGCGCUCCGGCGGCCGAGCGCUACUUCUGCACUCUGAGUCCGCUCUGUAAACGGAUCAUCUCCAACGUGCACACCAUCCGCACCAUCCAUGCCGACUGGCAGGACCUCAGCUACGCCGACCAGUGCGACGUCAUCGACGGACACAUGGUCAACCAGGAGACGGCGGAGCACUGGCGGCGACUGUCUCGCCAGCCGGGAGACGGAGCGCCCAGCGUGGCCACUAUCCCUGCCGGGCCGAAAAUGGUCGAGGAUGAGGAUCCCGAGACGGGACAGGUUGUCCGGUGGCGGGACGAGCACGCGGCUCCGUUCUCAUGGCGCACGCCCAGCCAGGAGCGACUGGCGGCCGAUAGCCUGUCCGCCGCCGAGCCGGCUGACUCCCCGGUCCGCCAGCAGCCCUUCAUGAUGCGCGACAGCAUUCGACAGAGGCUCUCCAGGGUGGAGCACAUGUAUGAGAGCUACUCGCCGAAGCGCACGGUCGGCGACGGUUUCGACUCUCCCAGUGUGGUGCUCGGCGGUUCCAGUGGCGGCGAGUCGGACGCGCCGGGCGGCCGCUCGCUCAAACAGCAGGUGAUGUCGCGACUGGCGCACGGCCGGCGGGUGCUGCUCUCCAUCACCAAACUGGGAAAACAGCCGGCCGAGCCGCGGCCGCUGCGGCGGCUCGAGAUCUCCUCUCCCUGCUCGGCCGUGGAGCCGGUGCGCGCCCGCUCCGAGCUGUCCUCCCCUCAGCCGAGCCGCGGCGCCGCCAGCCCCGUCGGCUCGGUCGGCAGCGGCGUCUCGCGGUCCGCCAGCUUCCGCAGGCCGACCAAGCCGUGCACGCCGCCGCCGCCGCCGCCCGUCCAGGCGGCCGUGGUGCCCAUCCGCACGAGCGCCGCGCACGCGCCAUCGGUGCGCAGCUCCAGCCAGUACGCGGCGCCGGCCGCGCCGCCGUCCCCGCCGCCGCCCACGGCCGGGGCGCGCGCGCAGCCGACGCCGCCGCAGCUGAAGCGUGUGGCACCGCCGGUAGUACCGCCGCGCCGCGACUCGCUGACGCCCGAGCGAGAGCCGCCCGGCGCGCGGCCGCCCGGGGACGGCAGCGAACUGGCCCCGCAGGUGGAUGAGACCAGGGCGUCACCACCACGGCUCUUCACACAGCAAAAGUACGAGCCGGAGCCGGAGUCUGACUCUGAACCAGAGCCGGAACCGGAAUGGAAACUUCGCCAGCCUGAGCCGGAGCCGGAGUGGCAGCUCCGCCAGCCGGACCCGGAGCCAGAGUGGAAACACCGUCAGCCGGAGCCGGAGCCUGAACCGCAGGAGGCCCCGGAACCGGAGCCGUUCACCAGCGUGCUUCAGGAGCCUACCAAGGUGGACAUCAAGACCGGGUUCGACUUCCUAGACAACUGGUAACAUCCUCACCAGAAGUCUACAAGAACUGGCGGUCCGGUCCGGCCCGCACAUCUGACUGAUUCGUGUGGAACAAGCACUGCCGCGCCCUCUGUGCCAUAGAACCAGCGGUCGGGUGGGGAGCCAGCCGGCUGAAUUCGGGUCUGGCUGGCUCUCACGGGUCGAGGUGUGUGAACGAAUACUGCCCGUGUAGUGUCGCUACUGCGUGAGCAGCGCUUUCUAAGUCUCUCGGCUCAGACUGAGAAGGAACGAAGUGCGAGCUUUUUGUUUGGUGCUGACUGCGUUUUUCCUGAUGCGUGUCGAGAGUGGUGUGUCAUCUUGGUGUUUCAUGUUUGCAUAUCGAGUCAUUCGCUGUGUUUUUACACUGGGCGUUCUGUAGUGUAGGCAUAAUCUCGUAGUUGCUCGGUCUGCGAGGAGCAGCUAAGCGUUGAGUGUUGUAGUCGCGAGUUGGGGCGUCUCUCGGAUGUGGCGCGGUAGGGUGCAGACCGACCAGACCGCCCAGUCAACUCUGGCAGCCGUGUGUGGAAUCUCAGUGGGCAGACAGUCUGGUGCGCCGCCCGGUCUUCGUGUCGUGCCGUGUGUGCGUGUCGUGGGUGUGUCGAUGCGUGAUCACUUGCACGUCUCUGUACAGAUCACAGCCUUUGGGCUGCUGUGGCCUUCUCUCUGACGCUGUAGAGCGCCUGGCUCAUGUACUAACUCCGCUGCGGGAGAAAGUGGUGUGAUCAGUCGGCUGGAGAGAGACUCGGACCAGAGAGCAGGCUGAAAGUGGCGAGUGAAGAGGGCAUUCUGUCCGCUCUCCGCGCGGGCGGCGGAAUAAUCAACUGCGCCAACGGUCUAGUCAUUGAGCUUGUGCGGGGAUGACCGCGGCGCGAGGGGUCGGUCGGACGGUCCAGAAGGGGACCAUGGCCGGCACCCUUCCUCCGGACCUAAUCCGAUGGAGGCUGGAGAGAGGCACCGCCACGGGACGGCGGGCGCCGGAGAGCCGAUAUUUUGGUUACUUUUGUACAUUUGUCACAGACGGUUCACAAAUAUACGUUUGACAGGUUC